AUGUGGUAUUUUAAAUAUGGAAAUAGGCCCAAAGCGAGUGCUUUCACAGGAAAUGGAAUUAGCGCAUUGAGCAGUGCAGUGGAAUCAGGAAUCAGCAACAAUAUACCCACAGAAACGGUAACUCACGGAAAUGGCAUUGUUUGUGCAUUUCUCGAAUUGUCAAUCAGACGAAAUGACAGACAACGAGUUUUAAUGCUCCCAGGAACAUUUACUACAGUGAGUGGUGAUUAUUUCAUUCAUAUCUGUGCAUUUCACUGGGUUGACACAAAAGUGAAUUGUUUUAAAAAGCGUUAG